CGCACUUGCUGGUUAUUUCAUGUUCGUUGUUUUGCUCACCUCGCCGGGUUUUUUUCUCGAUCUGCAGAAUGUUGGAAGAAAAUAUCGUAAUGCCGAGAAUUGUCUUUGUUCAAGGUUGCCCAGGAGCGGGUAAAGGUACCCAAUGUGCCAAUAUUGCCAGGGAAUUCGGAUAUGUACACAUUUCUGCCGACGAUCUAUUGAGGGAUGAAAGGAUGAAACCUGAGUCAAAAUAUGGAUCAAUCAUAGACUCUCACAUGGAAAAUGAUACCGAUGUGCCUGUGGAAAUUACUUGUGAGUUAAUUGAAAUCGCCAUGAAAAAUGCUCAGAGCAACAGAUUCCUCAUUGACGGUUACCCGAACAACCGAGACAACUUUAAAGGCUGGAAGAGAGAAAUGGGGGAUAAAGUUGAUUUGCUUUUCGUCUUGUAUCUGGAUUGCCCAGACAUUGUUUGUAUCCAUCGCUGCUUGGAAAAAGGCAAUAGCGACAGUGAAUGUCCCGACAACAAUGAAGCAACCAUUAAGAAGAGAAUCAGUACUUUUUACAAUGACUCCCUACCAAUUGUAAACUACUACAAAGGAAUGGGCCUGGUGAAAACUAUUGAUGCCAGCCAAGCUGAAGAAGAUGUCUUCAAUGACAUCAAAGCAAUUUUUCAUAGAAUCAAAAAAUAA